CGUUUCGUAUCGUACAGUACGUAGUAGGAACCGUUCUGUCUCUCGUGACACCUAACAUCUUUCGAGACGAGAACAAUUUCUUCGCAAAUAAUAUUUAUGAACAGUAGUAGUCACAAACUUCUAUUUGACCCUACGAAACGCACCAAUAACACAGAGACGAAAUUCACCAAGAGCACAACACGCAGUACAUUCGUACCAUGAAGUAUCUCCUGUUUUCGUUGUUUUUCAUGUUGAUAGGAAGUGGAUAUUCCUUUUCCACUCCGUCGCGAGUCUUCGUCGGAACACCAACGAAAACGAGAACACGCCUAGUUCAAGAUUGCAUGGUAAGAUAAUACCACCAUGGUUACAAUGGAGCAAAGUGACGAGAUUAAACAUGGCUCGCGGUUUCAUUCGAAUUCUCGCCCUUUCUUUUCUAAUUGUCUCCUCUGCCUUAAUUCGUUGUAGACUCCAAAUCCCAAAACACUCAAAAGUACCGACACUAUUGAAGAUGCUAUCGUCGCCCUGCUAUCGGCAGGAUUCAACGGCGCACCCGUUAUCGAUCCAAUAACGAAUAAUUUGGUGGGUUGCGUCAGCGCUUUUGAUUUCAUCCAAAGGGAAGAAACCGGGGUGCUCCUUCCCUUCGACAUGGAAGACCCCGAAAACCAAAGGGAAAUGUCAAUCAAUGCUAGAAAAAUUGUUGCCACGACGGUAGGAGAAUUGGCAACGGAACCAGCCUUGACGAUUCACAUGGAUACAAAUAUGAAAGAUGCUGCAGAGAUGCUGACUCAAAAGCAAAAACAUAGGUUGUGCGUGGUCGACGACAACAACAACUUGGUAGGUAUUCUUUCAACAUCUGAUGUGAUGAGAAACAUCGUCGAAGUUCUCAAGGCAUUGCCCGAAACGUCAUCUGCAGAAAUGUCCAACUCCGAGCUCGCUCCGUGAUUGCGGAAACGCGUGAUACAAAACUCCGAAGGAAUGACAAGUGUUGCGUUUCGGCCAUCGAGAUUUAGUUGCCGUUCAAACGGUAUCUGACCUUUCGACAAGAAAUCGACGACAGAAAGACCAAACUGCUGAAUUUCUUCUUGUGUAUUGGUCCUUCGCAAAAUCUGUCGUAUCGUGCAGCUUAACUUGCUUAGUUGUGUUAAUCGCCGAAUUUUAGAUUUGAUAUUUUUUUGUUGCUAUCAAUAUCUCGACAAGUAGCUACGCAGAAUCAAUACCAGAGAGAAGGCAGUGAGGAAUUGUUUGCAAUUCAUAUCCGUCUUUGGUGCAUUGAGUUCUCUGUCGUGUUUGAACAAACUUCAUGCAAUUCAGUAUGCAAAGAAUCUUUGAACACAAAACGAGGUGGUCCUGAUUUAUUCAAUCUACUCAUGAGGCUGUGUGAACUAUGACUAGGAAGAUGAUUCAGAAUUCAUUCUAGGGACACGACAAACACUAAAUAAUAAAAAGACUAAUAUGUA